AUUACUUGGACACUUGACUAAAAAUUAGAUGCAACGUUAUUUCCCGCAGAUGCGUUUUUUUCCAGCUUUGUCAUUUUGCUGUCGUCAGUUCUACGAAUAAUUACACAGCCAAGCAUGCUAACAGCUAACAGCUAAUAAAUGAAGCUAGGUUAGCUACAGAAAUGAAGAAAUCACGCUGCUACGACACAGCGUGCCGAUGUGUAACGUUAUAAGUUAUGAUUAUACCUACAUCGAUUUAGCUUCAAAUCCCCCAAAGUAAGUAUAACUGUAAAAUUUGGGGCAAAUAAAAAACUAUGCUGCAAUUCAAAACGGUUUAUGCAAAUGACGCAGUAACGUUAACGUUACGACUUUACGUACGAGCUUUUAAUUAAAACCUGAAAAAAAAAAAUUAUCUGCAUGGCUGGGCAACGUUACUAAAAGAGGAAAUAACAGAGACUGCAGUCAACAAACUGUGAUGGAGAAUGAUGGACAACCUGACAGCAAAUAGGAGUCGCAGAGCCUGUCAGUCAUGGGCAGACCAGAAUGGCUGGCCAACAACUUUAACUCAAGGACCCUCUCUCAACCUGCUGCCCACCUCUCAGCAUCUCAACCUGGGCUCGUCUUGUGACCAGAGACCCUCCUACGACCACCUGCAGGCGUCCAGCCAGAGCUGUAUGGGCGACCUCAGCACCUUAUCAUCCAGAAACACUCUUCACUCUGCCCUGUACAAAGGCCCUCACAGUAGCAACAAUCCAUCAUCCAACAUGCUGUUUGCCAACACUGCUAUCCCGUGUGACUCUCACAUGAUUUCCUCAUUUGCUCAGCAAAUCCCUCACACUUCAUCAAUGCUGCUAACUGCAAACCAAGGAAAAAAUAUCCCACCACCAUCUCUCCCCCAAACAAACCAAGCUUCAAAGCCCUGUAGGUCCCAACAUCUACCACUUUUCUCACCCCACGACCCAUACAAAGCUUCAUUUCAACCUCCAUUAACCAAUCAGGGUGUACCAAACGGAGUUCAGGAUCAGCCCAUUAGCCUGCCGUCGUGUGGACCGCAUGAGCAGCGUCAGUGGAUACCUUCAUCACCCUGCAGGGGAACUGUAAACGAGUCUGUCCCUGAUGCAGCUGCUCAUCUUAACAAAGAACCAACGCAAGAAGGGAACACAGCUCCACCGACCAGCAAUGAGAAAUUUCGUUCCGCACUUUUACAUCACCGUGCACAACUGCGUCAGCAACUGUCUGAGUUGGAUAAACUACUGAAAUCAAUACCUCCAGAUGACAGCAGCGAUGGGCAGUCUCCACACACAGCUAUUGAGAAAACAGAAAAUUCUUCCGCCGAAUCAGAGGAGGACGCUGAUCUUGAUGACUUAGAUCACAGUGAUGAUGACCUCUCUUAUGUCCCACAUGAGAGCUCUUCAGAUGAAUCCAGUCACAGCACUUCCUCAAUCGACACAGACAAAAGACCUUCUCUCCCGAGGAAAAAAAGGGCUAAAGCGGGAAGUUCUUUGUCUAAGGCUGAAAGUGUCUGUCCCCCCAAAAAGACAUGUGCAACUAAUCAGAAGAAAUCAUCUGAAACUGUUGUGUCGCCAUGUUCAAAUUCUAAAGCGCAGCGUGUUUAUGACAGGAGGAAUUAUUGUGUGUUUUGCUCUAAGCCAAUGUCCAAAAUGGCACGGCAUCUUGAGAGGAUCCACAGUGACAAAGCAGAGGUUGCAGCUGCCUUUCAGUAUCCCAAAAAUUCCAGAGAAAGACAAAAGAUAUGGAACAGACUAACAAAUCAAGGAAACUUUGCCCAUAAUAAAAAUGUCUUGAAAACAGGGAAAGGCCAACUUGCUGCCCGGCAACGGCCGAGGCAAACUGGAAAAGCCCAAGACUUUCUUCAUUGUCUUUACUGUCGAGGUCUUUAUUUGAGGAAAGCUUUGCACAGACACAUGAGGUUGUGUCCAGAGAAAUUGAAGAAUGAAAAUGAAUCACAGAUCGGAAGAAAGCGUAUCGCAUUGCGGUGUUUUCUUGAAGCUUCAGAAGACCUUGGCAUAACUGAUGGUUUUAAGAGCGUUUUGUCCCAGAUGACAUACGAUCAUGUGGCUGAAGCUAUCAUGGAUGACAAGGUCAUCUUGCAGUUUGGCGAGCUCCUGUUUAAACAGCACGGAUCAGAUGUGAAGAGGCAUGAACAUAUAAGGCAGAACCUUCGUCAGAUAGCAAGGCUUGUACUCGAAGCUCAAAAGAUAACUCCUCUGAAGAAACUGGAGGACUUCUUUCUCCCCUCAAGCUUUCCACAUGUGGUGUCUGCGGUGAACGUCCUGGCAGGCUACGAUCCGGAAAAAAAAUCGUACAGCAUUCCUUCACUCGCCAUCAAGCUGGGCUACCACCUACAGAAGGCCUGUAGUAUCGUUGAGGGUAACGCAGUGGAGUGUGGUGAUGAAAGUCUGGCAGAGUCUGCACAAAAGUUCCUCUCUGUGUACCAGAAAAAAUGGAACAAACUCAUUUCUGCAGGUGCAUUAACAACACUCAGAGUAACAAAACUGAACACCGCAAAGAAGGUGCCGUUAGCUCAAGAUGUAAAGCGCCUGAACUUCCACAUGGAGAAUGUUCAUGUUGUUGCUGAGAAAAAGCUCAGAGAGAGCCCUUCUGCAGAAAACUAUGCUGCUCUGGCCAAGGUAAUACUGGCUCGAACAAUACUUUUCAACAGGAGAAGAGCCGGAGAGGUAUCUUCAGUGCAACUAACAGCUUUUAUGUCACGGAAAACGUCAAACCUGCACGCUGGCAUGGACAUAAGCAUGUCAGAUUUGGAAAGAACCAUGUGUGGAUUCUUCACCAGAGUAGAUAUACGAGGAAAGUGUGGCAGAAUGGUCCCGGUUUUACUAAAACCAUCAUUCGUUUCUGCUAUGGAGCUUCUUGUGAAGGUUCGUGAGACCUGUGGAGUCCCCAGUAAAAAUCCCUUCCUGUUUGGCCGGCCAAAUGCACUGUCUGCCUACAGCGGGUCAGAUUGCAUCCAAAAAUAUGUGAAAGCAUGCGGAGCUCAAGACCCUGAAACCCUGACAUCGACAAAAAUCCGGAAGCAUUACGCAACAAUGCUACAGAUGAUGAACCUGGAUGAAAACGAGGCCAACCAAAUUUUAGGCCCCAAUAAUCAAGUCCAAACCCUGCGACAUGACAGCAGCAUGGAGCUGGAUGACGUCAAAAUGGACUGUUACGAGAGAUUCCAAUCUGCAAGAGAACAACAAGCUGCAUCAUGGGAUCACAAUGGAUCAGCAGAGUUUUAUCCUGAACAAGCACAUGGAGCAACAACAGACACCAACAUAGCUGCAACUCCAAAACCUGUCAACUGGGGCAACAAAGGCUCCCAAAAUAAUGGUAAACAUAAAUGGGAGGAAGCAGAGGUCCUCGCUGUUGAAAGACAAAUGAUGCGUUUAAUUCAAGGACACAAGGUGCCUCAGAAAAACGACUGCAUUCAGUGUCUCGAGGCUGAGCCAGAAGCGCUGAGGAACCGUUCAUGGAAAGGUGUAAAGGACUACGUCAGAAACAGGAUCACUGCCCUGAAAAGACAAAGUGGAGCUUCUCGGGCUACGUCCACAAACAGUAACUUGCCCGGGCAAGUGGAACCGCAGCAGAGUAC